AUGCAGCGGGUGGCCAUGGCGGAGGGCGGCGCGGGGGCGGGGAGGACGCUGGGCGCGGUCAUCCGGGAGAAGGACGAGGAGCUGGCGCUCUUCCUCCAGAUGCGCCGCCGCCGCGGCCAGGAGGCCGACCUGCUCCUCGACGGGGACGCCGCCGGGGACGACGACGGGCUGCUGCUGCUCGACCCUCCCCCGCCGCCGCCCCCGCACACCGAGCCCCGGGCGCCGGCGCCGGCGCCGGCGGGGUACAGGAUGGGCGGCGGGUUCCGGAGGGCGCCCGGCGGGGCCGACGACUUCCUCCACUCCGACGCCGGCGACAAGAACGACUACGACUGGCUUCUCACUCCACCAGGAACUCCACUAUUCCCGUCUCAUGAAGCUGCACCGAAAAGGUCUCCAGUGAGCCAAACUGGAUCACCAAAGACUCGCCAAGCUGCCUUAAAAUCUAGGCUGGCCAAUCAUGCAGAUCCUCCACCAAGAGCCACACUUCCAUUGAGAACAGCAUCGUCGAACAGCUUGAACUCAGCUGCAACAAUUCGUCGGCCAUCGUCAUCUGGGGGGCUUACAUCUAAUUCUUCGAGGCCUUCAACACCAACUGGACGUGCUGCACUGACCGCUACGUCCAAAGGUUCAAGACCGUCAACACCUAAUUCUCGGGCUACUCUGCCUGGCAAGACUGGACCUACUGCGCCAAGAUCAUCAACACCCACUUCCAGGUCAACACUUCCUGCAGCAAGGUCAACACAGCCCCCAGCAAGGUCAGCACAGCUUCCAGCAAGGUCAACGCAGCCUCCCGCAAGGUCAACACAGCCUCCCGCAAGGUCAACAACUCCAUCAAGGACAUCUGGCUCUGCUUGUGCCACCAGGACAUCAGUUCCUGCAGGCAGAGCAUCAGCACCUGCUAGCAGAUCAUCAACACCUACUUCAAGAUCAUCAAUGCCUGCUACUAGAUCAACUACACCUUUGUCCAGGCCCUCCUUACCAGCCCAAAGCAAGCCUGCAUCCAGAUCAUCAACCCCAACAAGGCGUUCUUCUGCCCCUGCCCCUGCCACCCAGCACAGUAACUUGCCCAGUCCAGUGCGCUCUUCCUCGAUCUCCAGACCAGGACCUACAAUGCCCAAAACUUCUGCAUCAGCAGCGACAACAACAGCGCCACCACCUUCAAGGGGAAGCUCACCUACUGUCAGAUCAAGACCAUGGAAACCAUCUGAAAUGCCUGGCUUCUCGCUUGAUGCACCUCCAAAUCUGAGGACUUCACUACCAGAAAGACCAACCUCUGUCACUCGGGGUAGACCUGGAGCACCUAGUUCCAGAUCUUCCUCUGUGGAGCCUGGGCCAGCUGGUAGACCAAAACGCCAGUCUUGCUCUCCUUCAAGAGGGAGGACUUCAAAUGGCAGUGUGCCUUCAGGGAGUUCCAUGCCGGCAGUGAGAAGAUCACAUCUUAACGGAGGUGACAGUGUGAACCCAGUUCAGAUGGGCAAUAAGAUGGUUGAGAGGGUAGUGAACAUGAGAAGACUAGUUCCUCCGAAACAUGAUGAUCAAAGAUCCAGCCUCAAUAGUCUGUCUGGGAAAUCUUUAAAUUCUCCAGACAGCUCUGGCUUCGGCAGGUCAUUGUCAAAAAAGUCGCUGGACAUGGCACUUCGGCACAUGGACAUUCGGCGCAGCAUUCCAAACAAUUUACGGCCUCUUAUGACGAGCAUUCCAGCAUCAUCUGUGCAUAGCGCCCGGUCGGGAUCCACGAGGGGCAGACCACUAAGUGUAUCGGACUCCCCUCUCGCAACAAGCAGCAACGCCAGCUCUGAGCCAAGCGUCAACAACAACCUGAUGUGCUUUGACAGUAUUGACAUCGACGAUGAGCUGUGCAGCAGCGAUAGAGCAGGACAUUAUGCACGAUGAGGUGCAUCUAUGCUAGUCCUAUUAUAAAGUUCUGACUGAUGAAUUCUUACGACCUCCAAAUGUUCAGAGCGGCAGUGUAGAAGAUCAUCUCCAAGAUGAUCUGAUGAGCUGCUCUAUGUAAUGUGGUAGCUGCUCUAUGUAGGUUCAUAUAUUUAGGUUCAUAUAUUUAUCCAUUCAUGUAAUGUGGUAGCUGCUCUAUGUUCGACUAUCAUCUGGACCUUUGUAUUGUUAUUGAUAUGGAAGAUUCUGUCUUUAAUC